UGAAAUUAAACAAGGGAAGUGCCUUUGCUGCAGAAAAGCAGGCUCUAUGUAUAUGCAUCGGUAAUAGUGGCAUUCGCAGGUUAUUGACUUGUUUUUUUUUUUUUAUAUAAUAUUGAAAGUUAAGUAUCUUGCUCGAUAAUAAGUUUUCCACAGCUGUGUUUGACCUAAAUCACAAUCCGGGAAGACUUCGAGCUGUGUGAGUAACCUUGGAUAGCCAUAACUUAACGAUAGCCGUGGAUGCAGUGAACAGGUCAACCAGAGAUAUCGAAGCACGGACCAGCCACUGAGAAGAUGAGCAGCAACGGGCCUCAGAGGGUUCCAGUUCAACAGGCUUAUGUUAAGCCUAUGGCACCGCAAUCACAGCGAAUCCAAGACCAGCCAAAUGGACCACAGCGUAUUCCACGACCUGUUAGCCACCAAAAACCAGUUCAUCACGCACCUCGCGUGAAGCCAGCAUGUCCGAAUGAUCAGAACGUUAAUCCAGCGCACGCCACAGCCCACCCCCCAUCUCAAUCCAAAACUAAGAGCCACCAGGGACCUGUUGCAACAGAUACUUCAAGGGCCGCAGAGAGGUCGAAGCUGGAAUUGCCAAGCCAAAAAUCCUGUGGAUCGUCUAGUUCAAAGAGUCGCUGGAGUCUGGACAACUUUGAAAUUGGUCGCGCUUUAGGAAAAGGCAAAUUUGGUAAUGUUUAUUUGGCCAGGGAGCGUCAAUCUAUGUUCAUCCUGGCCCUGAAGGUCCUCUUCAAGAAGCAGCUGGAGAAGGCUGGGGUAGAGCAUCAGCUCAGAAGAGAAGUGGAAAUUCAGUCCCAUCUCAGGCACCCCAAUAUCCUCCGUCUGUAUGGUUAUUUCCAUGAUGCUUCUCGUGUGUACCUCAUACUGGAGUUUGCGCCCAAAGGCCAGCUUUACACUGAGCUCCAGUGCUGUGGCACGUUCAAUGACCAACGGAGUGCUACGUAUAUCAUGGAGCUGGCUGAUGCCUUGCACUACUGUCAUUCUAAGAAUGUUAUCCACCGAGAUAUCAAGCCUGAGAAUCUCCUCCUUGGACCCAAUGGCGAGCUGAAAAUAGCGGACUUUGGUUGGUCUGUCCACACGCCAUCGUCAAGGAGGUCCACUCUGUGUGGUACACUGGAUUACCUGCCUCCAGAGAUGAUCGAGGGCAGAACCCAUGAUGAGAAGGUGGACCUAUGGAGUCUCGGUGUGCUGUGUUAUGAAUUUCUGGUCGGGAAGCCACCAUUUGAAACGAAGACUCAUGAAGAAACUUACCGGAAGAUAUCCAGGGUGGACUUCAGCUUCCCUCAGCAUGUGAGCACUGGAGGCAGAGACCUGAUCAGCCGUCUGCUGAAGCACAACCCCAUGCAUAGGCUACCCACUCAGGGAGUGAUGGCCCACCCCUGGAUUGCGGAAAACUCGACCAAGAAGCCAACCAUCCCACUUCCGAACAGCCCCUCGGGUACCAGCCAAUGACCUGGUCGGGGCCCUGUAACCUUGGGAUGUAUUGGGCAAUCGCAUUGCCCUCUGCUCAUGUGCUCAACAGUGGUGCUUAAGGAGAACUUUAUCUGUACGACUCCUCCCAGGGGCUCUUAAUGUGAAUGUGUGUAUGUCAUGUCCUUUGACACUUUCUUUUCCUGUCCCUUUCUUAGCUUGUGCAAACAAGCUGAUGCUCCUCUGUAUAUAUUUUACUGUUUUGAAAUUAUUAAAGUUUAAUAUUUUACCUCCAUCUACUACUUUUAAAGUUUAAAUGUAAUUGUGGUAAUUGUGUGUGAGGGAUCACUUUAAUAAAUAUACUGCAGAAAUGUGGCAGUAAUGUGUUUGGAUCUUGACGUUGACAAGACUUAAGUGCUGACCUUGUCUCCAUUAUUGUGUCCAUCAUGGGUUUAUUGCAAUCACUGUUAACCUUUUUUUUUUAGACUGAAUAAAGCAAGCUUUUUGAAGCAUC